ACAGACAGACCAAAUAGGGAGAGAGAGAGAGAGAGCCCUAUAGACAGAAGGAGAAAUGAUCUAGUGAAUAAUUAGCUUUUAGCUGAUAUCGGCAUUGUAAAGCUGUACAGCGGGCAGGAAGUUAGCCAGGCAGGCCCUGGGCUAGGGGUGUAAAGUUCACCACACCUUAGCCAUUGUAGAGGUGGGUAGCAGCAUUCUCUCUGUGGAUCCCUCUCUCAGUCACAACAAGACAACAUCUAUUGAUCCUGUUCCUGAUCCGUGUUAGGAGGAGGAGUGGGUUCUGAGACUUCCAACUGAAAGAUCACAAACAGCCAUACAUUACCAUUAUUCUCUGGGUACCGUUGGCAACAACCAAUACAAUGAUAACAAAAGAUUUGCUGUCGGAUCACAUCUAUGCGUACGCUCUGUCCAAGACUCUGAUUAAAGUGUCCUCUCCUGCUACAGUGGGCCUCUACUCAUCAUGUCAGAACCGCAUCAACAUGAUCCUCAGAUAUAUAGAGGUCCAUAUGGAGCAGGAGGCAGAGAGGAGGGAGCGGAGUUACCAGGGCAGGUCCAAGCCUCGUUCCGUCAAAGCCUCCAUCACUGGUCUCCUAGCUCUGAUCUGCAGGCUGCUGUUCUACCGACCCGUCUGGACCGAGGAGAACCAGCGGCGGAAGAAUGUCCGGUUCAUCUAUGUUCGGUUCUCCGCAUGGCACUUCGCCGGGAGUGACCUCCUCUGGGCGGGGCUGGUGAUGAGACUGUGCCUGGCACUGCAGGAGAGCUUCGGGAAACUUCAGCUGGGCCUGUACCGCGUGGCGCAGCACAACGAGGAGGAUGAGGUGAAGAAGAAGGUGAUUGAAAACACAUCGUCAGAGUGGAGAUCUAAGAAGUUCUGCUGUUUCCCCCUCUGGUCCCUGGUCCUGGCCGUGCUGCUGGCUGCUCUCAUAGUCCUCGUCUUUCUGGUGAAGUAUGGCUUCCCAGAGGUUCCAGACGCACCUGAACUGGACGGACUGGGAUCCGGAAACGGAACAGGAGGAGAAGAAGGUCCGAGUGAAGCCCAAAGAGGGGCCGGGGUGUUGGAGGGCCUGGCGUUCGCUGUCUUCGGGCUUCCUGCAGCAGCAGCUAUGAGAUUCAUCUUCCAGAUGGGAAAGAACCUGAUCUUCAACCAGGACCUGAACGUCCGUAAGGCGCUGGACAACGAGAGGGUCAGCGGCCAACUGGGGUUCAUGAACGAGGUGAGGAAGGAGAUGUGGCUGUUGUCCAGGUUCAUCCUGUUCAUGGAGGUAUUUGAGCAGAGGAGGAUCCGCGUGGUUCUGGAGAUCACUAACCUGGACCGAUGUGCUCCUAAGAAGAUCGUUGGUGUCCUGGAUGCUAUCAGUAUACUGCUCUCUGAUGAGGAGUCCCCCUUUAUCUCUCUGCUGGCAGUCAACCCUGAGGUCCUGGUUCAACAGGUACAUAUUGUGUUAUCAGUCAACCCUGAGGUCCUGGUUCAACAGCUACAUAUUGUAUUAUCAGUCAACCCUGAGGUCCUGGUUCAACAGGUACAUAUUGUAUUAUCAGUCAACCCUGAGGUCCUGGUUCAACAGGUGAACUAUGCAGACGGGUGCUUCAGUAAAGAAGACAGAGCCUAUGCCUUCCUGAACCGCAUCGUGACCCUGGCCUUCACCAUACCACCGCUCUGCCACACCUCCAAGCACAAGGUGUUCUACAAUAUCGUUAGCGGCCAAUCAGAGAUCACGGAAGAAGCCAAGGGUCAUGGGUCAAAGGGGAUCGAGCUGAGAGAGCUGGACCUGGGCAGCCCGAAGUCAUCCCUCUCCUGGAUCGAGAGCACCCCCCAAACAAAGGAGACAUCAAGUAUUCUGACGGAGGCCAGUAUUCCUUUGAUAGACAACAACCACAUCAAGGAGGCGCAUGUGGCGUUUGAUCUGAGUGAGGAUGAGGUGGACAAGGCGAUAGAAUCAGCGCUGGAGAGCAUCCUGUCCAGUAACAGAGGGAACCUCCACCACUACAUCUCUGAUGACACCAUGUUCAUGAGACGGGUCAUCAACUCCAUCAGGGUCACCGUGGUGCUCAUGGAGGCUCUGAAGACUGAGCUGCCUCCGCCAGAGAACAUCGCUGCCUGGGUCGUUCUUGCCAACCAUUGGCCCUGUCGUCUCAGCUGGAUCCUACAGUGUCUGGAGGACGAGCAGCAGAGAGCAGAGAUCGAUGACGCCGUCGGGGCGGCGACAGUCGUCGACGAGUCCAAGGCUUUGUGGGAGGUGUUCAGCGACUCGAGGAUGGAGCUUCACAUGAUGAGGGAGGAGAUCGAAGACCUGCUGGAGCAGGACGGAGAUCCAGAGAUGUUUGAGAUGUUCCUCAAGGUGCAUUUCCAGUUCAGGGUGAGGGACGCGGAGAGGUUCAAGCUGACCACGGUUAACCUGGAUCAUUCUAUCAAGAGGGAACUGGCCCGGAUCAGAGGGACCACCGGACUGAAGAAUUCUGGGUGGGGGAGGAACCUGGCUCCUCUCAACAUCAGGACUGUUAUCAACAUGACCUCUGAGGACGUCUGCAAAGCGCUGGCGAGGAUGAACCUCCCUAAGAAGUACGCAGACAUCGUCCGUAGCAAUGACCUCACCGGCCAGGCGCUGGUCUUCGGUGAUCCCGACGACCUCAAACAGCUGCUGCAGAUGACCUUCGGGGAGUGGACGACCUUCAGACUCCACUUCCUGGGUAUCGGUGGGAGGGCCCAAAGUGGAGCCAAGGCCACUUCCCUAAACCCCAAACCACUGACCAAUCAGCAGUCCAAACAACCUAAAUUCGGUCCCCACAGCCACGGGUCAACAUUAAAUCUGUCUUUUUCUUGAUGCCUUGGCGAGAUAGAGAUGCAUGAUAAACGGAAUGGUCUGUGUAUUGAUGUGUAGUACCCAUGAGAACCUACCUAUCUAUUGUGUAAUGACAGUGAACUGCAUUCCUCUGCCAGCUCCUGUUGAGCUUUCAGUUGCUCAAACCAGGGUAAAGUUCAAAGGAAUGCAAUUCAUUUAACUGGUUAAUAGUUACUUAGAUUACAUUUUCUAUUACAUUUAGUUACAUUUAACUGGUUAAUAGUUACUUAGAUUACAUUCAUGCCAUUGGAUACAUUACAAAUGGACUUACUGUCCACCAACAAAAUAAAAUAACACACAGAACUAUUUAAAAAAUGCAAAAGUAUAACAAAAAGGGUCUCUACUCAUAUUACAGAGGGGUAAAAGCUUCGGACGACACCAAGUUGAACUUUGUAGCACCUACAGAUGAAAUAUGGUCUCAAGAGGAGGAGCCUGGGUAAGGCUGAAAUGUCCUGAAUAUACAGACUUCUUUCAAUUAUUUAUCAAUUGUGCUUUUAGAUACAGAUGUCAAUAAUAUGUCAACAAUCCUACCAGUGGAGGCUGCUGAGAGGAGGACGGCUCAUAAUAAUGUCUGGAACGGAGCGAAUGGAACGGCAUCAAACACCUGGAAACCAUGGAAACCAUGUG